AUGGUUUCUGCCCCGAGCCGGUACCUAGUGUUCUUUCAGUACUUUGGCACUAAAUAUAGUGGAGUUAUGGAGACUUCCAGUGAUCAGGCAACAGUUGGAGUUCAGAAUUAUUUGGAGAAGGCAGCAGAGAAGCUAAAACCAGCAGUUCCCAUCAAAUUCCACAUCUCCAGCCGAACAGAUGCCGGCGUCCAUGCGCUCUGCAACGCUGCUCACCUCGACAUCCAGAGGGCACCUGGGAAACCUGCUUUUAGUGAGAAACAGCUCAUCCAUGGCCUUAACCACCACCUGAAACCUGAGCCCAUCAGCAUUUUGAACGCCCAUCGAGUGGCCGGCGACUUCCACGCGCGCUUCUCGGCGCUCUCCAGGACCUACAUCUAUCGGCUCCUGCUGGGCUGCCUUCACCACACUGAGAUCCCAGUCUUUGAAAGGGAUCUCUGCUGGGCUCCUGCUGGGGGCCACCUGGAUGUCCCUGCCAUGCGGGAUGCAGCACAGUUCCUGCUGGGAACCCACGACUUCAGCACCUUCCGCUCCCAUCACUCGGAAACGCCUUUCCAGUCUCCCAUCAGAACCAUCCUCCAGAUAGACAUCCAGCCCUCUUCUGGUUUCCUGUCCCACCACUAUGAGCACAGGGGCCUGGAGUUCUGGGAGCUGAAGUUCAGGAGCAGAUCAUUUCUUUACCGACAGGUCAGAAGGAUGGUUGGGACUCUAGUUGCAGUUGGCCAGGGCAGGUUAAGACCUCACCACAUCAAGGAGCUGCUGGAGAGGAAGGAUGCUCGAGCUCUUCCCCCCAGUGCCAUGGCUCCUCCAACUGGCCUCUUCCUGAAGUCAGUGGAAUACAGUGAAGCAGAUCUGAACCCUCCAAUUGCCCCAGGAGAAUAGCAGCUCUGUGAGAUACAACCAUGCCUGAAAGGACUCUUGUUGUGGAGGUUGGAUGGAGCUUUGCCAAGUGCUCUUUACACA